CUCCCCGUCCCCCCCGCCUCGGCCCUGGAGGGGCUGGAUGGGCAAGUUGAGCACGAUGGCUCGAGCCCCAGUGGCGGCGGCAGCGGUGGCCGGAGGCGGCGGCGCCUCUUCCUCCUCGCCCCGGCGCCGGCGGUGAUCGGAGUGAGCGGCCGCGGCCCCCGAUGAGACUGUUCGUGGGCUGGCUGUGCCUGAGCCUGGCGUCCGUGUGGCUGGCGCGGAGGAUGUGGACGCUGCGGAGUCCGCUCACCCGCUCCCUGUACGUGAACAUGACGAGCGGCCCGGGCGGGCCAGCGGCAGCCGCGGGCGGCAGGAAGGAGAACCACCAGUGGUAUGUGUGCAACAGGGAGAAAUUAUGUGAAUCGCUCCAGGCCGUCUUUGUUCAGAGCUACCUUGAUCAUGGAACACAGAUCUUCUUAAACAACAGCAUUGAGAAGUCGGGCUGGCUCUUUAUCCAGUUAUACCAUUCUUUCGUGUCAUCCGUUUUUAGCCUGUUUAUGUCUAGAACAUCUAUCAAUGGGUUGCUAGGAAGAGGAUCAAUGUUUGUGUUUUCACCAGAUCAGUUUCAGAGGCUGCUUAAAAUUAACCCAGACUGGAAAACCCAUAGACUCCUUGAUUUAGGUGCUGGCGAUGGAGAAGUCACCAAAGUCAUGAGCCCUCAUUUUGAGGAAAUUUAUGCCACUGAGCUGUCUGAAACCAUGAUAUGGCAGCUUCAGAAGAAGAAAUACAGAGUGCUGGGUAUAAACGAGUGGCAGAAUACAGGGUUCCAGUAUGAUGUCAUCAGCUGCUUGAAUUUGCUGGACCGCUGUGAUCAGCCCCUGACUUUGUUAAAAGAUAUCAGAAGCGUCUUGGAGCCCACUAGAGGCCGGGUCAUCCUUGCCCUCGUUUUGCCCUUUCAUCCCUAUGUGGAAAACGGUGGCAAGUGGGAGAAACCAUCAGAAAUUUUGGAAAUCAAGGGGCAGAAUUGGGAAGAACAAGUGAACAGUCUGCCAGAAGUAUUCAGGAAAGCCGGCUUUGUUAUCGAAGCGUUCACCAGACUGCCGUACCUGUGUGAAGGCGACAUGUACAAUGACUACUAUGUCCUGGAUGACGCUGUCUUUGUUCUCAAACCAGUAUAAAAACACACCGAGUGUGAAGUCUUCGGAGUCUGCCCCAAGAAUGCGCCCUCCGGAAGAGGGCCUGUGCCCGCGAUGAUGUGAAGGGGCGGGCCGGUGGGGACUGCGCUCCACGUAUCAUGUAGGAAUUUAAAAAGCCAAAAUACUAAUUAUUUCUUUGUAGUGUGUAAAAAGAAUGUUUUUUUUUUUAAAAAAAAAAAAGAAAUACAAACAGAAACCCAACUCUUUGAGGAUUUUUAUCAGCUCUUUACUCAGUAAUACAGGUCACAUGCCAAUUAUGAUGGAAGUUAUUUUUUAUACUUACUUGCAGGAGGGACUUAGGCCCACACAAAGCAAUAGUCAUGACUCCACGUGAAGCUGCCACGUGGAUUAUUUUCAGUAACAUGAUGACUGGCAGUAAAACUGUCCACGCACUUCCAGAUAUUGGUUCUAAGGUAUUGCCACUGAUACUGCUCUGCCAUGUUUAGAAAAUCUCUCUCUUUGUGUCAUUAUUCAAGAAAAUGUUUUUAAUCAUGCUAAUAAACUUUUUUUCUGAGAUG